GUGUCAUUUCACUUCAAAAGAAAAUAGGGCAAUAUGUAAAUACUGCCCCAAACAAUACAGUUUGCAAGCCAAUCAAGAAGUUUUAGAACAUUUGCGUCAUUGCCAUCAAGAUAAACUAACACUAUCAGAAAAACAACGUCUUCAAGACAAAUUCAUACACUGGGUUUGGGACUAUAUGCGUCCAAAAGAACAUGUAGCGCAGUGUAAAAUAUGCUUGAAAACCAUCCCAGAUUAUAAUAUGUAUAAUAUAAAGAGACACCUGAUAAAGAUUCAUGGAAUAACGACUCCGAAAGAAGUAGACGAUAAUGCCGCAAGAUCAUCAAAAAGAUGUCCAAUUGAAAAGGAGCAAGCUGAAAAGGAGCAAGUUCACGAAAUAACGACUCCGAAAGAAGUAGACGAUAAUGCCGCAAGAUCAUCAAAAAGAUGUCCAAUUGAAAAGGAGCAAGCUGAAAAGGAGCAAGUUCACGAAAUAACGACUCCGAAAGAAGUAGACAAUAAUGCCGCAAGAUCAUCAAAAAGAUGUCCAAUUGAAAAGGAGCAAGCUGAAAAGGAGCAAGUUCACGAAAUAACGACUCCGAAAGAAGUAGACGAUAAUGCCGCAAGAUCAUCAAAAAGAUGUCCAAUUGAAAAGGAGCAAGCUGAAAAGGAGCAAGUUCACGAAAUAACGACUCCGAAAGAAGUAGACGAUAAUGCCGCAAGAUCAUCAAAAAGAUGUCCAAUUGAAAAGGAGCAAGCUGAAAAGGAGCAAGUUCACGAGUAA